CGCUCGGAGUAGUAAAACAUCAAUGUAACCCUACACCAAGGGCUCAUAUUUGCUGCAAGGCUAGAUGCCCGCUGCAAGUUAUCUUGUGACACUCCCACAGGAGGUGUGGGAGAACGUGGCGCGGCACUUGACCGUCCGCGAGUGGGCAGCGCUUUCUGGGGCGUCCAAGACCCACUUCAGGGUGCAGCUCGAGCUUGUUCGGUUUGAUGAGGGCGUAUGCUGCGAAGGAAUCAAGUGGCUGUCCAAGCGAUGGAGCAUGGCGCGCACGAUGAGCUUCAACGACCUGGGCAAGCUGCAUGCCAAGGCGCUAUCACAGCUCAUCUCCGAAGGCCACAACGUGUUAGCGCAACUCCAGAAAUUGGACCUCCACUUUGCGCAGCAGGGGCACAACGAAGGGGAAGAAGACGAGGAGCAAGCCAGCCUCAUGUGGAUGGUGUGGGUGCUCGCCCAGCUGCAGCAGUGGCGGCUGCGCUGCCUCAAACUUCGCCUGCGGCGGCUGCUGUGGGUGCCGCCGAUCGUGCAGCUGACUCAUCUGAGUGUGAGCUUUACGUGCGCGGUGUGCUGCAGCAUGCAGUGGCUAUCCCUGCUGACCAACCUGCAAACGGUGCUGCUGCACAUGGGGGAUCCCCACUCAUCUCCCCGCGGCCUGCAGAUAAUGGACCUGCGCAAGUGCACCCAGCUGCAAAGCGCAUGCUUCCGUGAUGUCCACUGCGCGGAGGUGCAUGUGCCUCGCCAGUGCGCAAUUCACCUCGAGCUCAGCCGGUCGGACCUGACUGCCGGCUGUGACUGGUCGGGCGCACUCGCCUCAGUGCAAUCUUUGUGCUGGGGACUGGAGGGGCACGCCCCGAUGCAGCAACAUCUGCCGGUAGCCAUGGUUCAGGCCUGCAAUCUCCGCUGGCUGGACCUGCACUGCGAGCAGGUGGGGGCGGCCGGCGCGCCGUUGAACGUCGGGGCCGCGCUGUCGAGUGUUGUGAAGCUUCGCAUCAGGUGCAGCGCACUGCACGUGCGGCUGCCUGACAAGUCAGCGCUGGAGGAGUUAGUCAUCCGUGCAGAGGACAUGAAUGUGAGAUGCGGCGACGUUCUGGCAUUCACCGAGCAACUGCGCGCAUUUCACAUUGUGUGCACGAGCGCCACGGGCGAUUUUCUGCUCCGCCAGCUCACCCUCAGCUUCUACGAGUGCUUUUCUGCCAGCUUUGGCGUGGAGGUGGCCAUGCUGCAUAAGCUGCAGACGCUGAGGAUGUGCGCGAGGUUUCCCAAGCAUCAGGACAAGAUGCCUCUGGGACCCAACGAAGUUGUGCUGCCAGAGGAGGUCUGGCAGAACAUUGCACGCCACUUGUGCACCCGGCAAUGGGCUGCAGCCUCUGGGAUCUCCCCAGCCACCUUUCUCCUCCAAGUUGAACGCGUCAAAAUUUACUACCGCAUCUCCAGCGCAGCGGCUGAAUGGAUCUCAAAGAGGUGGAGCGCUGCCCACGUGAUGAAAAUCGUGGACAUACGGACCGCAGAUGCUGAGGCGCUGGCCAACGUGGUUGCUGCCGGCGGCACCGCGCCAGCGCGAGUCCAGUACCUGACCAUGCUGUUCUCCGACGAGCCUGAGGACGAGGAGGCACAGCCCUGCAUCAUGUGGCUGGCCUGGGCCCUGGCGCACAUGCCUCGGUUGGUCUACUUGAAUCUGCGCCUUGUCCGGCUGUUGUGGGUGCCGCCGAUGCUGCAGCUGCGCCAUCUGAGUCUCAGCUUCUACUACAGCGUAUCUCCAAAUUUGGCGUCGCUGAGACUGCUGAGCAACCUCCGCACGCUCAUGCUGAGCGACUAUUACCCAAGAGACAAUGCGGGCAUGGAGUUGCUGGACCUGCGCCCGCUGGCCCAAUUGGAGCGCGUCUGCUUUGAGAAUGUGCGGUGCGCGGAGCUUCACAUGGGGAAGCAAUGCAGCCUCCACCUGAGGCUGACUGUGUGGGAGCAUAUUGCCGACAGCGACUGGUCGGGGGCGCUUGCCUCUGUGCGCUCAUUGGAAUGGGGGGCAAGGAUUUACCGCGAGCCGAUUGAGGCUCAACUUCCGGUGCCCAUGCUGCAGGCAUGCAACCUGAGCUGGCUGGACCUGUACAGCGACACUGAUGUGGGGUCAGCCGGCGCACCCCUGGCGCUGAAUGGGGCGCUCGUCAGCAUUUCCAUGCUGCGAAUCACUGCCCCUGCUCGCAGCAUAUAUCUGCAUCUGCCUGUCAAACUCGCGCUAGACGAGCUGUUCCUGGAUGCAGGCAAGGUGUUGUCUGUGGAGUGCAACGACACUGAGGCAUUUAGUGAAGGGCUGCGCGCUUUCAAGAUUUGCUACAAGGAUUGUGUGGGGUCUUUUGCCAUGGAUUUGCGCGCGGCCAUGGCGGCUCGGGGCAUGGCUCUGCAUGUUGAGAUGCGUGUUGAUUGA